AUGGCGGGUCUUGUGUUGCCGCUGGCAACAGUACAUGUCGGCAUGCACGUCAGGUUGGAGCUCGAACUCGAACAGGCGAUGAGAACGGCGCUGCCGACGCCACAAAGACGUCAGUUUCCUCAAAGGCCGCGGGCGCAGAGGGGCCCGUCGAGCAGGAGGUCCAGGAAGUUGGCGCUGGCGGACUGGCGGAGGCGUGGAGCAGCAAGAGACAGAUUGCCAGCAGGCAGACGCACCGACUCAGAGUUUUCUCGCACGGAAGUCGCGGAUUCCGCUCGCGUCUACACCUCCGCCACAAUGCCCUCGGAACCAAGAGUUGGGCGUUGA